AUGGGCAUCUCAAGUUCCAAGAAAGCUGAGAAUGCACAUGGCGACGCCCAAAGGGAAAUCCAGGGGACAGCGGCUCCCGACACCGGCCCGGAGUCACCAGAAGCCAAUGCCAAUCCUGCCGUCAAUGGCGACUUCGGCAAGGAAGACCACGAGUACAUCAGCGGAUACAGGCUGUACGCUGCCCUCUUCGGCAUUAUGUCUGUCUUCUUUCUCGUCCUCUUGGAUUUCAGCAUCACUGCGACGGCUAUCCCGUACAUUACGAGUGAUUUCCACCGGUUGCAAGAUAUCGGAUGUGCGGCUUUGCAGCCCUUUACCGGAAAACUCUACACCUACCUCAACGUGAAGUACACAUUUCUGUUCUUCGUCUUCAUUUUUGAGAUCGGCUCUUUGCUUUGCGCAGUCUCAACGUCGUCCAUGUUCUUCAUCCUCGGCCGUACCAUCGCCGGGCUGGGAAGCUCUGCGUUGGAAAACGGUGCCCUGAACCUCGUCGCCGGAGCAGUGCCCCUGCACAAACGUCCUUGCUUCUACAUCAACCUUCCCAUCGGCGUGGUCUCCAGCCUCUUCCUCUUCUUCACCCGCGUCCCGGAAGAGACGCUCACGCCACCAUUCUCGCUUGCCCUCGUACGCCGCAUCAUCCCAGAACUCGACCUCACAGGGUUUGCGCUGUUUGCCCCGACAACUGUCAUGUUUCUCAUCGCGCUGCACUGGGGAUCGACCGAACACGGGUGGAGCUCGCCCGUCGUCAUCGGCUUGUUAGCAGCUUCUGGUGCUACGUUGCUCAUAUUCUCCAUCUGGGAAUGGCACGUAGGCGAGAAGUCCCUCAUACCCUUUCACCUCAUCAAGAGGAGACGGGUAUGGGCCAGCGCGAUGCAGAGCACCACCCUAUUCUCCUUAAACUAUGUCGGAGUCAACUACGUCCCCAUCUACUUCCAGGCUGUGAAGGGUGUCGGCCCCUCGCUGAGCGGUGUCUACAUGCUGCCCUCGAUUCUGACGCAAUUACUGUCUCUAGUUAUCUCUGGUGCCCUUGGUAAGUUGAACCCGCCUGCUUCUUGA